AUGGAACCAGAAAACCAAACAACUGUCUCAGAAUUCCUCCUCUUAGGACUCUCGGCAAAUCCAGAGCAUCGGACGCUCCUGUUCGGGCUGUUCCUGUCCAUGUACCUGGUCACCGUCACCGGAAACCUGCUCAUCGUCCUGGCUAUCAUCACAGACUCCCACCUGCACACCCCCAUGUACUUCUUCCUCUCCAACCUGUCCCUGGUGGAUGUCUCCUUCUCCUCCACCACCGUCCCCAAGAUGCUGGUGAACAUCCACACCCAAAGCAGGGCCAUCCCCUUUGCCGGCUGCCUUGCCCAGAUGUACGCCUUCCACCUGUUCGGGACCAUGGACAGCUUCCUCCUGGCUGGGAUGGCCAUUGAUAGAUUCGUGGCCAUCGUGUAUCCGCUGCGCUACUCGGUGCUCAUGAGCCCCCGUGCCUGUGGGCUGCUGGUGGGAGGGCCGUGGGUGGUCACCAACCUCCAGUCCCUCGUCCACACCUGCCUCAUGGCUCAGCUGACCUUCUGCGACGGCUCCAAAAUCCCCCACUUCUUCUGCGACCUCAUGCCCCUGCUCAAGCUGUCCUGCUCCGACACGCACACCAACGAGCUGGUCAUCUUCGCUUUUGGCAUCCUCAUGGGCGUCAGCCCCCUCUCCUGCAUCCUCCUGUCAUACGUUUGCAUUUUCCGGGCGGUCUUUAAGAUCCCUUCGGCUCAGGGCAAAUGGAGAGCCUUCUCCACCUGUGGUUCACACCUCACCGUGGUGUCCCUGUUCUACGGGACCAUCUUCGCUGUAUACCUACAGCCAGCGUCCCCCGCCUCCUCCCAGAAGGACAAGGCGGCCGCACUGAUGUGCGGGGUGAUCAUCCCCAUGCUGAACCCCUUCAUCUACAGCUUGAGGAACAGGGACAUGAAGGCAGCGCUGAAGAAGCUGGUCAGCAAAGCAGCCGCUCCGGGGCGUAGGGCAGAACAGUUACGGGACACUCACUGUGUUCCCGGACCUCUGCCGGGCCGUGUGGACACAGAAAUGGGCCCCAUCCCUGUCCUCAAGGAGUUCAGGUCUAGUGGGGGCUAG